AUGCCGCGCUUGCCUAUAGUCUGGGGAGCAGGACUCUCCAUCGCCCUUGGAUCCCUCCAGACCACGGUACUUCCCCCAGCAUUUAUCGUAGCGGCUCCUUCAGUCAUAGAUUAUAUGCUACCUCACGAAUUGGCGUCUAGGCGACUGAAGUUGGUUGUAGAGCUUUCAUUUGUCAUUCGCAUAGUUUUGGCAUUGGCGAUAUUUGUCAUCUUGCGAAUACUUAUAGGAGAGUAUCAGCGCAAUAAUGAUAGGAGCAGAUUUGGUCCAAAUGUGAUGGAAGUACCUCGGGUCAAUUUUAGGUGGCCGUUUAAUUUGGAUUUCAUUCGUUUUGAUAUGAAAGUGAUGAAGACAGGCUACUGCGGAGCCACUUGGGAAAUCCUGGUUGCCCAGUACGGGAAUAUUUUCAACUUGAGGCUACUCAAACAAGAUUUUAUUCUUACCGUUGAACCUGAAGUUGUUAAACAUGUGCUUAGUACCGACUUUCAUAACUACGUCAAGGGGAACGAUAUUCAAGGAAUGAUGUUCAGUGUUCUCGGCGGGGGGAUAUUCAACAGCGACGGUGAAGCUUGGAGGAUCCACCGAAGCAUGAGCCGACCUUAUUUCACUCGGAUCCGGGUCACUCACUUUGAUAACUUUGUCCGUCACACCGACAUAGCAAUAUCUAAGCUACUCUCCCGGAUGGCCGAGCCUAAUCGACCUGCAGUCGAUUUCCAAGAUCUCGCAUGCAGAUUUACACUGGACUCGGGAACGGAGUUCUUAUUUGGUGAAGACGUAGGCUCCUUGGAUGCACCGCUGUUGUAUCCGCGCGAAGAACCAAAGGAUGACAGCACUUCAUUCGGAGCAGCUUUUGCACGGGUUCAAAAUCAUGUUACACAUCGAAUUGGGCUACCAGUGCUUUGGCCUUGGAUGGAAUUAUUUUACGACCGCACCGCGGAGGAUAUGAAGAUAAUCAAUGCUUAUGUGGCCCCGAUACUGGGGAAACGUGAGAAAAGCAAUACUAUCUUGGGGACUGGACUUAAGCCGUCAAAUAAGGAUGGACAGGCUUCCACAGAUACUCUUUUACGCCAUCUAUUCCAAUUUACCGGCGAUGAGACCGUGAUUAGGGAUGAGAUCAUCAAUAUCCUGGUCGCCGCUCGAGAUACCACAGCUGCGGCUCUGACUUUUGCUGUAUAUAUGCUAUCCCAGAACCCAGAGGUUAUGAAUAGACUCAGAGAUGAGAUCAUUAGUCACCUUGGGGCCUCAAGUUACCCUACCCCGGAAGACCUAAAAGAAAUGAAGUAUUUAAGGGCCUUUCUCAACGAAACACUUAGGUUAUUCCCGCCUGUUCCAAGCAAUACACGAGUGGCAACUAGGUCAACAGUUCUGAAGCUCAAGGGGGGAAACUAUUUCAUUCCUGCUGGAACCCGCAUUAUUUGGUCUACCUUACUUAUGCACCGGCGUAAAGAUCUAUGGGGCCCUGACGCGGAUAAAUUCGACCCCGACAGGUGGCUCGACGACAGAUUCAAAGCAUACGUAAUGCAAAAUCCGUUUAUAUUUUUACCAUUCAAUGCCGGGCCACGAGUCCAGUUCGCGUAUAACGAGGUAUCCUUUUUCCUUUGCCGUCUACUUCAGAGGGUUGAAUCAAUUGAGCUCGCCCCUGAUGCCCAACCCCAAGAAAGCUUACCUCCACUUGAGUGGAAGAACGGAGCUGGUCGCCGAUCUUUCGAGAAGGUUUGGCCGAAGCAACAUCUUACAAUGUACUGUGAUGGAGGGCUCUGGUUAAGGAUGAAAGAGGUAGAUAUUGCGUGA